AUGGUUGAUAAAUGGAUAUGGGAGUGUGAAAGAAGUGGCCAGUUUUCUGUGAAAAGCUAUUACCGAUUGAUUAUGCAACACAAGAAUUAUGCUUCAGCUGAAGGCUCUAAUUGUAUGAGGCAGCAUAAAUUAUGGAAACUUCUAUGGAAGAUGCUGGUUCCUAAUAAAGUUCGAGUUUUUGCAAGGUGUGCUUGUAAAGAAGUUUUGCCUACUAAGAAAAUCCUGUUGAAGAAGCAUGUUAUAACUGAGGAAAACUGCUGUUUUUGUUUGAAUUCAAUUGAAGAUUGUAUCAUGCAGUUUUUAGCUGUGCUUAGUAGAGAGAGAUAUGGCAUUAGUUUUUUUCCAUCUUUGGAUGGCACUGUUCAUGCAAUUUUCUUUGAUCUGGUAUUGCAGCUCUUUGAAGGUGAAGAGGUUGACAGAUUAAGCUUAUUCUUUAGUCUGACUUGGGGGUUAUGGUAUAGGAGGAAUAAAAAGGAAUUUGAGCAACAAAUUUUGAGUGUAAAGCAUGUGACAAAACAUGCUUCAUGUCUUAUGAAGAAUUUCAAGGAAGUUAAGCUAAAUGUAGAUGGGGUUUUGUUUGGAGACCUUAACAAGGCAGGACUUGGGUUGCUUCUUCGUGAUGCUGCUAGGAAUGUGAUCAUGGCUACUAGUAAGGCUGAAAAUGAUGUUGAAAGUCAAAAAACUGUUGAACUUUUAGCUGUUUUUAGAGAGCUACAACUCUGCUCUAGCAUGGGUAUAACUAAUAUAAUGUUGAGAGUGAUUGUUUGA